CCAAACACCCAAAGCGUCGAACCUACCUUUGCCUUAGCAUCUGGACACUCCAACCUUUGACACGAUCAACACCACUACACACCCACGUCUCUCCAUUUCCUCUCCACGAAAUCACAACGAGGCAAAAUUGUCAGUCGAUCUCCAAUAACAACAACUAUCUGCUGAUGUUCCACGACCACUGCCGACAUCAGUCCCCUGACAACCGGACCACUACCAACCCAAUGCACCCCGCAGCACACAUACAUCACAACCACCAAAAAUGGCGGGCCGCAACCUCCAACAGGUCCUUACCCAGCUCAAGACCAAGGGCUCCUCGCUCCUUACACCGAAUCCUCCGCCCUCCUCUUCAAAGCAAAACUCCACCUCCAGCUCAACACCCUCACCCUUUCGAACCCCAAAACUUCCCCCCCAGCUCCUCGCCCUCGCCCGCGAGACCUAAGAGCUGGGCGCCCUCGCCUCCAUCCGCGCAAAGAAUCCAGACGCCUUCACCCGCUACGUCUAGCAGCUCCAGCCUUUUUACGAGCUUUCCUCCAACGUCCUCCCGCCCAAUGUCCCCGAGCGCAACAAGCGCCGUCGAGGGCGACAAGUACCUGGGCUACCCUAUCCGUCUCGAGAGGUGGUUGAUGGAGGGCAGCUACGACCGCGUGUGGAACGCCCUUAAGAGCCGCGAGGGGCCCAGUAAGGAGUACGGUGUCUUCUCAGAGAUCCUCACCUUCCAAAUCCGCUCCGAAAUCGCCUCAAGCAGCGAGCGCGCAUACUCAAGCCUGCCCAUUAGCCCCGCAAAAUCCCUCCUCUUCCUCGACUCCGAGGGCGACGUCAUCUCCUUCGCCUAGGCCCGCGGCUGGAUCCUGAAGGAGGGCCACAUCUUCUUCCCCGACACCGCCGAAGACGGCACCAUCGAGAAGGAGAUGAGCCAGAUGGUGAUAGAGAAUGCGUUGGGAUGCGCCAGGAAAUUGGAGACCAUUGUGUAGACGUGGGUUGCAGAGGAAACGCGGGCGUGUUCUUGAUGUAUUAAUAUUCAUGCGAUUAGACAGACCAUGAAAGAAGGAAAGCUCGGAUACAGGAAACCAGGUCGGGCGUCAACGAUCUCAUCAUGUAUGCGUUCUAGACAAGCCUGAAAUGUAUGUUCAUCAACCUUGUUGAUCCA